GCAAAACCCCCCUCUGUCCUUCCGCGGCCGCGGGGAGAGGAGAUAGACGCGACGAGAAGCGGAAAUCCGCAGCGCAGCCCCGCCCCCCAAUCUCCCCGAGCGAGCUCGGCGCGUUCUCUCCACCCCAGCCUCAAUCUCCGGCUCUCCCCGAUCGAUUCCCCUCCUCCUCCCGGGCCCCAAUCGCGAGGGUUUGGAGGAUUUCUGGAGCCGCCGCCCAAUUCCGCUCCGAGCAAAACCCCUUCCGUCGAAUGCUGGGCUGGGGCGGGUCGCUGAGGUGAGGUGAGGACGUACUACGUCGCCGCCGCAUGGGGAGGAAGAAGGCGCCGCCGUCGCGGGCGGCGAGUGGGCUCGCCGCCGCGCCGAGCCCUAGCGUCGGCGGUGGUGGCUCGAAGUCCAAGUCGAAGUCGAAGCGCGAGGCCAAGGGCGAGGCGAGGAGGGACGUCCUCGUGGAGGUGGAUGGCCGCGGCUGCCCCGGAAGCGGCCGCGACCUCGCCGAGCUGGUCCUCCGCGACGUGAGGCUCGACGGCGAGGGGAAGGAGGCGGUGGACUUUGCGGCGGUGGAGGAGGAGUACUUCAAGGAGGACAGCAGGGGGAGGUGCUUGCUGCAUCUCCGGGUGCGGGACGCGCCGGAGGAGGGAUUCAGGCUGGGCCAGUGGCCCGUGGUGCCGUCGGAUUGUGUGCUCCUGGAGUACCACGCCGAGAAGUUUGGAGGCGGUGUGUUUGUCUCGGGCCGUUUCGAUGGCCCUGACGAAGGCGUGUCCGGUCUCGCCCAUCUGGUUAGCUUGGGGUUCGUGACGCUGCGGAUUGGGGAGUGCAGCUCAGGACCGCGUGAUGAUUCGGUGCCGGCUAUUGUACUCCGGGUUAGAGUGGAGGUGAUGGACCGGGCUUUUGGUACGUGUGAAUCGCUGCUGGAGGUGGCAAGGCAUCCGUGGAGGAAGAGUUUGAUGAAUGUGAUGGCUUGGGUUCGCCCUGAGGUUACAACAUCGGCUGUCAUAUAUGGGAUGGAUGAUCUAGUCCCACCAACAGACAUUGAUGGUGAUUUCGCCCCAAAGAGUGACUCACAAUUCGAUCUUGCUGCCUUCUAUGAAGCUGUCAAGCCUUCAACGGGGGCAGGGCUGUUGGAAGAGAACCUUCCUGAUUUACUUCCUCAUCUCCGACCAUACCAACUUCGUGCAGCAAAUUGGAUGGUUCAACGCGAAAAGGGAAAUACUGUUUCAUUACCCAAUGAAGGAGAUGUUCAUUCGGCACCCUAUUGUGUUCCAAUAGAUUUUGUUGGCACAAAGUCCAGGAUGUUCUACAACCCUUUCAAUGGAAAUGUUUCAUUGCAACCAGAGCCUUCUCCACCGUAUGUCUCUGGAGGCAUUUUGGCUGACGAAAUGGGCUUGGGGAAAACUGUUGAGCUUUUGGCUUGCAUUUUUGCCCAUCGUAGCACAUUUUCCAUAGACUCUUCUGUCACUCAAAGCAGAAAAGAAAUAGAUCAGAUAAAUAGGCAGAAAAGGGACAGGGUUGAGUGCAUUUGUGGUGCUGCAAGUGAAAAUUCUUCAUACAAGGGAAUAUGGAUCCAAUGUGACAUUUGUGAUGCUUGGCAGCAUGCUGAUUGUGUUGGUUACUCACCCAAGAAAGAUGUAACAUUUGACGAUGAUGAUCUGUCAUCAAACAAGGAAAAAGGCACCAUGAAAUCAAAAAAUAGAAUGCAAAAGAGAGGCACAUAUUCUAUUGCAGAUACAGAAGAAAACUACAUAUGUCCAGUGUGCUUGGAACUUGCUGAAGCAGCUCAUACUACUAUAUUCAGUCAUGCUACAUUGAUAGUAUGUCCAUCACCAAUAUUGGCACAGUGGCACUCUGAGAUUACCCGACACACAAGGCCAGGAUCUCUGAAUGUUUGCAUUUAUGGUGGUGCAAGGAACUUGGACACAGGUUCUAACCAAAAAAGUGAUAUGACUGAGAUAAGCACUGCUGAUGUUGUUUUGACUACUUAUGAUGUCCUCAGAGAAGAUCUAUCCCAUGAUUCUGAUCGGCAUGAUGGUGAUCGCCAUUUCUUGAGAUUUCAGAAGAGGUACCCUGUCAUUCCAACUGUACUAACAAGGGUCCACUGGUGGCGGCUUUGUUUGGAUGAAGCUCAGAUGGUAGAGUCGAGCAAAACUUCUGUAACUGAGAUGGCAAUGAGGCUAAAUGCGCAACACCGUUGGUGUAUCACAGGAACUCCAAUACAACGCAGGCUUGAUGAUCUUUUCGGCCUUCUACGCUUUCUCAAGACAAGUCCAUUUGACACAUAUAGAUGGUGGGUGGACAUUAUUAGAGACCCAUACGAGAGCGGAGACAUGAUAGCUAUGGAUUAUACACACAAGUUCUUCAAGAAAAUCAUGUGGCGGUCCUCUAAAAUUCAUGUCUCGCAAGAAUUACAGCUGCCUCCACAAGAAGAGUGUUUCUCAUGGCUGAUCUUUUCUUCAAUUGAAGAAUAUUUCUAUCAGAAGCAGCAUGCAACUUGCAUGGACCAUGCGCACGAAAUUAUUAGACGUUUAAGAGAUGGUGCCAACAGACAGCAACAAACAUCAGAUUCAAAUGCUUUAUCAAAUGUGUAUCUCUCCAAUAAUGAUACCGCCAAACUUCUAGUCCCGCUGCUUAAGCUUCGGCAGGCCUGUUGCCACCCGCAAGUGGGUAGUUCCGGUCUCUGCUCCCUGCAACGUACUCCUUUGUCAAUGGAUGAAAUUUUACAGGUUCUUAUUGGUAAAGCAAAAGUUGAAGGGGAGGAAGAACUUAGAAAAAUUGUCGUUGCCCUGAAUGGUCUUGCUGGAAUAGCUAUCAUUGAACAAAAGAACCAAGAAGCUAUCUCUUUGUACAAAGAAGCAUUAGAUUUGGCUCAUCGAAAUUUUGAUGAUUUCCGCAUUGACCCGUUGUUGAAUCUUCAUAUCAACCACAAUCUUGCGGAGAUGCUCACAACUAGUUCUGAGUAUUUACAAGAAUGCCCACGAAAAAAACAACCUUCUUCAGUCUGCAAUAAACGAAAAAGAAAAGAAGCUGACCCUGCGGAUUCAGAUUUAAGUGGCAUAAAGCGACAUAAAGUAUCUGAGAAUGGCUGUUCAGUUUUGACAGCUGAUGGUCCUGAAACCUCCGAGGACAACAAUCUUACUGGACAAGCAUCCACAAGUGUAGAGUUGGACGCAGAUAAUGAUUCUGGAUGCCACUCGUCAUCUGAAUGUUUCGCUGAUGGUUGCUUGAGAAAGACUUGCAACACACUGAAAGAAAAAUAUUUGUCAGCUUUUGCUACAAAGCUACUAAUAGCACAGAAGGAUUUCAAUGCAUCACUUGAAGAGGUCACAGCUCUUAAUAAAGAACUACAAAAUCAAGGUAUGAAUUGGUGGCUACAUGCUUUAGACUGCAUUGAGAGGAACAAGGAUUCAUCCGAUGAGCUCUUUAGGAAGAUUGAUAAUUUUUCCACUAAGAGCCCCACUGCCUUGGGUACAACUGGAAGGGUUCAAACUAUUGCUGGCUUGAAGUAUACCGUUCAAGCUGGUAUUGAUUCCCUGCAAGGAUCAAGGCAACAAUUGAUGGUUAGGCUUUUGGAAAUUGACAAAACAAUGGAUAAUCCAUGGGACGAGGACAUUGAGGGUCAGAGAUAUUGUCCGAACUGCUACGAUGGUACCGGUUCUUUGUGCAUACAGUGUGAAUUAGAUGACCUGUUUCAGGGGUAUGAGGCACGGCUGUUUGUUGUUAAGAAAUCAAACAAUGGUUCUGUUAUUGCUUCAGUAGAUGAAGCGCAGGAUUUGCAAAGGCGAAAAUAUGAGUUGAACCACUUCUUCCGCAACAAAAAAACUAAUGAAGGACCUGAAGUUGGCAGUGACAAUAACAAUCCAAGAUCAGCCCGGCAAAACAUACAGGUCUACAGGCAUCCUUCUCAAACUGAGACUACCCUAAGGGCUAUUCGAACCCACUCAAAGGCAGUGUUGGGAAAGCAAUCUUUGGAAAUUGCUAAGAAACAUAUGCUUCUUUUUGAGGCUAUGCGUAAGGAGUUUUCUCUUGCCAGGAGCCUGUCAAUUGCUCAGACCCAAUUAUUGCGUGCUCAUGAUGAGAUCAAGAUGUCUAUCUCAAGGAUGCAGCUCAAAGAGAAUGAUGAUGAGCCCAGUGCUGUCAAUAUUGUAACCAGAGAAGAGCUCAUACCAUACAACGUGCAGUUCACAAGUGACAAAUUCUUGGCUCUUUCUUCUUUAGCUCGUAUAAGAGGCCAACUCCGGUACUUGAAGGGAUUGAUGCUGCCCAAGUCAGGCAACACUGUUGCUAUAGCGACUUCCUUCCCUGCCACAGGGCAAACCUUUUCCGGCAUUAGCAAUGAACCAUGCCCAGUUUGUCAGGAGAAGAUUCUCGACAAGAAAAUGGUUUUCCAAUGUGGUCAUUUCAUGUGUUGCAAGUGCUGUCUUUACCUAACAGAACGAGCUGCUGGGAAGCGCCAAAAAUGGAUUAUGUGUCCUACAUGUCGCCAAUGUACAUAUCUCGAGAAUGUUGCUUUUGUAGUUGAGAAACAGAGUGAAAAUGCUGAUAAACAAGCUGAGGAUUUGGCAGAAAGCGCUGUUUCUGUCCAAGGUUCAUACGGAACAAAGAUUGAAGCUGUGACAAGAAGGAUUUUGAGGAUCACUUCAACUGAUGGAGCAGCGAAAAUACUUGUUUUUUCUAGUUGGAAUGAUGUUCUUGAUGUAUUAGAGCACUCCCUUUGUGCUAACAAUAUCUCUUAUGCCCGGAUGAAAGGAGGAAGAAAAUCACAGGCAGCACUCUGUCAAUUCAAAGGUCAGGCAACCAGUAUAAAUGGAGACAAAGUGAAGAAGGCAGAUUCCAGAAUGCAGCCUGUUCAAGUAUUGCUAAUGCUUAUACAGCAUGGUGCAAACGGUCUGAAUCUACUGGAAGCACAACACGUAAUUCUGUUGGAGCCAGUACUAAACCCAUCAGCUGAGGCACAAGCUAUCAGUAGGAUCCAUAGAGUUGGGCAAGACAAGAACACAUUUAUCCACCGUUUUGUUGUGAAGGAAACAAUAGAAGAUAGCAUAUACAAAAUGAACAGGGGUAGAGCUGUCUGCUCCACUAUCAACCGCAAAUCAAAAAACUUCAAAGACGAGCUUGCACUGACUCUGAAGGAUGUGGAGUCACUGUUUCCUGUGGCGGGUCCUGAUCAGCCUCCGGAUCAGGAGGAUAAGAACCAUGGUGAUAGCUUGAGGAGUUUGCCCCCGUCUGUUGCUGCGGGGUUAGCUGCUGAAAUGAGGGCUAUCAAUGGAGCAACAUGACAACGCAGCGUUAUGCUAACAUAAAUCGUCUUCACGCAGUUGGAAAUUUCAGUGCUAAUCUCUAUGCGGGCAGCGGGCUGAUAUAGCCUUAAGUUGCCACAUCAUUUGAAUCCGGCUUCACCGACAGAAUGGCAUUAGAGGCUCGGAGCCAGUGAUGGUGUAGUUUAGCGAGAUGACAAAAUGUCAUGACAUAGGCUGGUUAGUUUUGAUAGAAGCAUAUGCGCAUUUCAUUUCUGUCAUGACAACUUAUUUCAGUCCGGUGUACAUCUUUAUGAAUGUAGCAUUUUUGUAUUUUAAAAAAACUAAUGUAGCAUGCAAGUUUGUGUAACGGAUAGCAUAUAUAUUUUAGCC